AAAAUUUUAUUUGACAAUUAUGUAUAAAAAAAAGUCUUUUAUAAAUAAUAUUAUUUAAUAACCUUCCGCAUCGGGGCCUUUCAUUAUUCGUAUUAGAUAUUUUUCAAAUAGAAAAAUUUUCGGGACUUGAAAAAUUCUCUAUUCGAUAGCCAAUUGCGUGAGAGACAUGUAUAUACCUGUGUUCUCUUGCCGGAAAACUACCAAUGUUGGCAGCCCUGCCGCGGAGCGUCUCGCGUCGUCCCGUCGUCUGCAUCGGAGGUGCGAGUUGACAGUUGACAGCUCGUUCUCUCUGCCCGUGUCGUCGAUUCGUCGCUCGCGGCGAAACUCUCGUCCUGACAGGCGAAGACGCGCGAUGCCGCGAUGCCUCGCGCGUCGCUCUGAGUGCCGAGCGCGGUCGAAACGGGCGACGGUGCCCUAUCGAACGUCCCCGUCGACGGCCACGGCCGCCCUUCGGUUCUCCCUCGUCCCGUGAUCGUGCACGACGUUCCUCGCGCCCGAUCGCGUCUCUCGGUGUCCGUCACGAUGUAAGACCUCGCCGACGAUCGGAUCGAUCAUCGUCCUCGCCGUCGUCGCUGUGUCUUCGCGACUGUGUCAUCGACCGUCGUCUCGACAGCGGUGGUCGCCUGCGGUUUUCCCAGAGUAAUCCAAUGAAAAACAAAGAGAUAUGAAGAGAUUUAAUUGAAUCGGGUGAAAGCUUUUGUGUUCAGAAAGCAAGGAUCUCUUUAGUCAAGAAAAAGAAAAGAAAACAGCAAAGAACAACAGAGAAUUCGGCAUGAUCCGUGGCAGGAAUAGAAUCAAUUUGGAAACAUUAGAUGGGGCGGAGGAGGCAUGGAAACCACAGCUGGCCGACCGUCUCAUCAGAGACUCUUCAAGGACACCUUGCCAUCACCAGGAAUACCCGGAUUAGAUGUCAUAAGAGCCUUGCACCAAACGAUCGUGUCAUUGCGUACGGCUCUGGACUCGUCGCGCGAAGAGCUUCGCCGAUUGCAAGAGAGCGUCGGGGAUUUCUCCAGCGAGAGUUACAUCGACGCAGUAGGCCGUCUGGCUCUUGAGAAUCACGUCCUCAGACGAAGAAUCUUGAGCAGGAGCUGCGAAUUCUCGUGUGAUGCGGCGACAAGCUCGCCGCUUCAGUCGAAACGCGUCCGACUCGUAGAAACUUCUCGUAUGGAUCGAUCAACAGAUUCUGCGAAAACUACCAUGGAUGUAUCUAAAGAAAAGAUCGAUGCUAAUGCUCGAAAUACAUUCAAUCAGCCUGCUUCUGGACACAGCAGCAGUAGUAGCAGCGGCAACGAUAGUCCCGAUCUGCCUUCUCGUGCUAGCCGAUCCGGUAGACUUCAAACUUUAUCGAAAUCCUCUAGAACCGCGAUUACCAAAGGCACUACUAGCUCCACAAUUACACAGGCGGCGUCUACGAUGCUAAACAUUGUUCAAAGUGAGAAUGAUAAACCCUCAAUUUUGACAAAGACCGCAACUAGCAACGAGGAAGAGCCUCAAGAAGUUUCAGGCGAUGCGGUCAAUAUGGACCACUUGGACGUUCCUGAAAAGGAUAUCGGCGAGGACUUAAGUUUGAAAUCCAUUUCCGACGGUGACAAUUCCGUGUUCAGUGAUCACACGGAUCAACUACAGACACCUCGUCAGAGUCAACCGGGUGAUUCGUCGAGACCGAACGAACAUUCGGAGAACGAAUCGGAGGAGCUAGACGACAUCGAGCUGAUAUUUACGACAGACGAAACCUGUCGUGAUCUCGGCCUGCAAGAGGAUCUGGUAUCUAUCACGGAGACCGAGUCGUGGCAGCAUGCGGGCGCCGGUAGCGGCCAGCCUGUUCUACUCAAGUAUACAAAGUCGGCGGAGAAUGAGUCGUUGGUCUGCAACGGCGACAAGACCAGUUCUGUGGAGGAGGCGGUCUCCUCGCAAAGUUCCAGUAUCGAUCGCGAGGAAAGCGUUGACAGAUUCGACGAGAGUUCCAGCACCAGGCUCAACAAGAUGUGGUCGCAGUGUUCCGUCUUAGUCGAGACGGACAUCAGCAAGUGCGGAAUUGUGGAGGAUGCUGAGAGCUCAACAGGAUUGUCCUUGCGACAUGUCGCGAGAAGAAACACUCUGGCUGCACCGCCAACAACUUACAGACCUAUUAUUCACCGGGAGGCUCUGGCUAGCAGUCGUAGAAAGAGCUCCGCUCCGUUGCGGCCAGUAAUGGACCGUAGCAGUGGUGCCCGAAGAGAAUCCGGUGCCCAGACGGACAUCUCCGCGCUUCCGGCACAAUGGCGAUCCGAAAGCUAUCUGGCUCACAAGGUUGCGCAUACCUUUACGACGCUGCCGAGCAAGUUCGCGCUUCCAACGGGCGUGCCCGGCCGAUUGAGGCUGUCGGACAAAACUCGGGAAGCUAGAAGAGUGAUGUUGUCAGACAUCAGCUUCACUAGCAUGGUACCCGAGUUAUCAAGGAGCGCUGAUCAUUUGUGCCAUGAUUCACACGCGCAGUGUUUCAACUCGCGCAACUACGGUUUUCGUACACCAGAAAUCCAUAGACGCGAGUCCCUGGGUUCUCCCGCGGGAUACUGGCCGCGUUGUAAUCCCGCAACAAGUCUGCCAAGUCCCUGCGAUUGUAGACUAUCAACUGACCUGUAUCCUUCGCGAUAUCGCGGCUCUCUGACGUCGAUACCGUCGCCCGGUCUCGAGGUUGUCGGUGGUCCGCCGCGAAGACACUCUUGGAGAGCAACGGCAGCGUCCUUUGACACAUGGAGGGUUCCGGUCGCGACAUCCACGCCACGUCCGACCUGGUCUUCGAUGCCGUCCUCUCCGACACAUGUGCAUCCUCCGUCGAUCUCCUCCAGAAUUUCAAAAAGUGCACCAAAGAGAACACGAUCAAAGGUGACCUUUCAAGAGUGUCCAAUGACACGCGGUAGUCUACCCAAUUUGCGUUCAGACUUGGUCGGCGGUGAAAAUAGCGGGGAUUCCACCGAGUCGUUGAUUGAUGAAGCCGAAGAUUAUUUGCGGCGAAGUAUCGAUUCUAUGCUGACGAUAUCGAGCGUCAGCACGGAUUAUUGGAGUAAGCAAACAGCGAGGCGAAGAAGGACGCGAAGACAUUCGGAGCCUGACUUAAUUCGCGAUUGGCAUCCUCCCCAAGAUGCCAGGCCAUAUUUGCCAAAGAUACCAAGAGAUCUCAAAUUAGAUCACCUUGUGAAGGUCAUAUCGCCGGAGGGCAGGGUCCUCCAAGGGCGUGUGAGAUACGUAGGUCCAGUUCCAGGCCGAGAAGAUGCGCACGUGGGCGUGGAACUGCCAUAUGUUAACGGUUCAUCCGAUGGUACUUUUCACGGCAGAAGAUUUUUUGAUUGCGAACCGGAUCGUGCGAUCUUCGUUCCGUUCAAGAAGGUAGUGCUUGCCUGGUGCACCACUUGACCCGAAGCACCAACACCCAUGGUCACGCCUCGUAUUCUACUCUCCCAGUACACCAUGUAAGAAGAAAAUGAAGAAGGGAGAGAGAGAGAGAAUUCGGCGACACGUAAGUCGUAUUUACAAAUUAUUAUAUUUGAAAGCUGGCCAGUCCUCUGGUUAGGUUUAGAUAAAGGAUAAUGCGACUAUCCAUAAUCUUUGUCGAUUAAUUCUCUCAUCCCCAUACGGAAUUGUAUAGCUGUUUAACUACGUGUGUAUUAAAAUUAACAAAAUUAAAAAAAUAACUUUGGAUGCCAUAAUAAUAUAAUAACGAAUGCUGUACCAUAUGUCGUGUAAUGCUAUAAACAUGUAUGUAUGUAACAUACGCACGAACUAUAUGUAUAUACGUACAUACAUUCACUCAUCCAAUGACAUAUUAUAGUCUAUUCUGUUUGAGACGCAUUUGACAGAUCGAUAAUCACUACUAGAAAUAGUAGUGACGAAUUCCACGAUAUAUCGACAUCGACGUCUCUUACUGUGUACCUAAUUUUUUACAAAAUAUUUUUUUUAUAAAUAGGGAGCAAAGUUGACAAAGUCUCAUGGCUUGUCUUCCUAAUAUAGUGCAGUUAGAGUAAAUCGAAAUUUGUUAAAAGAGCGUCAAAAUGUAGUCCAUUAUCAAAUUGCAUAUUAACGCAUUCAACUGGCAAAAUAUAAUCGAAAUUAUAGGAGUCUGAGAACAGAUAUAAAAAGCCAACCCAUAAAAUUUCGCAAACUUUCAUCGUCCUAUUCACAUUAACGCGGUUAUAUGUACAAGAUAUAUGUACAAAUCGCAAAAUGAUUUUCAUAAUGUUCAACGUGCGAUACCAUAUACCAAAAAAACAAAAAAAAAACAUAACAAACCUAUAAAAUAACUUUGAAGAACUUAAAUGUAGUAUUGUGUUACGCUCUAAAGAUAAGAACAAACGUAUUUGGUUGAACAAUGAAUUUGGGAAUGAGGGAAUUAAAUUACAAUUUUACAUGUAACUGGAGGAUAAAAGCAGUAGAAUCAACUGCUAAUUAUAAUUUUUGGCAGGAAUAAUCAAAAUGAUCAUAAUUAUUAAUUAAUUAAUAUUUUCUAUCAAUAAUAAUUCGAGAGGCUAUGUGCAGCGAACGCUGGUCUUUUAUUUCGGAUGGCGUAGCAUUGUGAUCGUAUUUCAAUAUUGAUAAAAUGACGUUUGCUUGCGAUUUUAUAAUAUAAAGCUCUUAAGAGAAAGAUUGUGUUCCUCGUCCAAAGGAAAAAAUGACAGAUUUAUUUUGGCUACUAUGAUCAAUUAUUUAUUAUUAUUAAUACACACGAGAAAACUUUCACAUUAUACAGAGCACUCAAUAUAGAAGAAAAUUGUCUUCUUGGAUACUCUGUACUCAACGAUCGGUUCCUUCGUUGCAUAAUAUCACCAACAUUCUAUUUCUCUAGCGUAAUUAAAUGUCGAUUUAAAUUCUUUUAUUUUUUAAAAGAAGUUUGCAUGUUCUUUCAUACCUCAACCUAAUUCGAUUAUUUGGCACAAAAUCUUUUCAUCAGUUUUCUUAGUCAUAAGUAAAAAGUGUUGGGUAAAGUCCAUAGUAGAGCAUUUAUCUGGUGAUUGGUAAUUUCGAGCAGUUUCGAGUUCGAUUUUAAUCCAAAUAUCUCAUAUGCCUUUGAUUUCGCAGAUUUGGCGAGAUUAUUCUGAAGAUUUAAUCUCGCUAUUAUGAGUUAAAAUUUUAUUUGACAUGUCCCAUUAAGGGAAGUUCAUUGAGUAAAAGAAUUAAUAUUAUAGAACUAUAUACAUAUAGAAAAAUCAACUGGAACGAUAAUUCAAAAAGAAAAAAGAUUAUAUAUAUGUAGAUAUAUAUAUAAUAAUUUAAUCAAAGAUCCAAUCGAACUUUUGUCUACUAAUUACCAGGUGGCUAUUCUAACAUCGAUCUAUCCAUCACUCCGUGCAAUUUAAUUAAUAUAAAAUAAGAUUACAAUAUACAUUUUUUUCGAUGUGCGUAUUCUUGACUGGAACUAAAGAAAAUAGAAAUAAAAAUGAAUCCAUAAAGAGAGAUAUGCAAUAGUAAUAAAUAUUAUUAAAUUUGUUAUGAACCCAAUAAUAUCUUCGCGCGUUGCUUACGAGCUUUCAAUGAGCAAAUGCUUUAGUGUAUGCCAGACAUUAAGAGUGUUUUUCUACGUGAAAUUAGACCCAUUUGAAGACAUACACCGUAUCGAGUCUCGAUAUUUAUGAUUCAGAAUUUUAUCUGACGAUUUGACGUUUCUAAAUGUUUGAUACGUCUAACUUGAUGUGGCAAAGCAACUCUGACGUCCUAAGUGAUGUACGCGUAUAUAUAUGUAUUUUACGUAUAUAUACAUCAAUUUCUGUACAUUUUGGAAACACGCGUAUAUAAAGUGUGGGCACUACACUUGGCUGUACAAAGAUAAAAAUAAUCAUAUCCUGAGGCUGUACCUCUCGUCUUAAUCGAUGGAUCUGAUUUAUUCGAACCGCAAUGAGAAUCGAUCGAUGCGUUUUUCUGAAUUUUUAGAUCCAUGGAUACCUAGCUGAAUAUAAUAUAUUAACGUAAAAACGAUGAGAUGUCAAACCCUCUCACUAUUUAUUGUAUCGUAACAAGUACGAAAAAAAUAAAGAAAAUUGG